AAUCUCCAUGGUUAGCAAUACUUCCGCCAACAAUUCUACAGAACACACACAAAAAUGAGUUUGUUAAAUCAGGGAAGAAAUGAAAUUCGGUUCAAUAACUCAGAUGGAAAAUGUUUAUUGGAAAAUUGGGUAGAAGAGCGACAAGUUGCAGACCUUGAUAAAAUAGAUAAAGAUGAAAAAAUCACAAGCAGUGCACAGAUCUUUCGAGAUGGACAUGCAGGAAUUCUUACAACAGAAUUUGAUUCCAAGGUUGAUAAUGUUACUACAGUUCGGCAGUCCUACAAAAAACCAGAGCCUUGUGGUGUGAGGCUUGUAGGUAAAAAGGAAGAAUUACAGAAACUUAUGCUUCUAGAAAAAGUUGGGAGAGAAGUAUUUGCAGAUGAACUCAUUCCACCCCAGCCAGAACCUACAGAUUUCAGAUCAAUAACAAUGAAAGACUUCAAUAAACCAGAUUUUGUCAGCAAAAAGCCAGUUCCCACAAAGACACAUGAUUACAGAAAAGAUCAGCCUGUCACAUUCUGGUCAGAACACAAAGAUGUUAUUCAUGGAGUCUCACAACUCAAAACUGGAGACACGCCUUUCAGGAAAAAUGAUGCUUUCAGUAAACCUAUAGGUGAAUAUUGGAAUGAACCCGCACCGCAUGAACUGGAAGAUUACCCUAAAAUGUGAAAAAAAUAUUACCCUUUAUAGAAAAACUAUUGAAUCAUCAUGCAUGAUAUAUUAGACCUUGAUCUGUUUAUAUAAUUGUAUGUUGAUAAAAAAUAUCAGUUCUUGGAAUGUAUCAGAGGAAGAAAAAUUCAGUUUAAACAAAUUAACACAUUUUUCUCAUGUGUUUUUGUACAGUGUAAUAUAACGUUAUGUGUGGUAAUGUAUAAACACAAUUUAUGAUGAUUAUCAUAUUACUUGUACAAUAUACUAUGAAUUACAAUUUCACCAUUGUAUUUAUGCUGUUGUUGAUACUUGCUGCAUAUAAUAUUUCACUAUACACAAGUCAAGUUUUAUGUUU